AUGCUUAAUACUUUAUUGCUUUUAAUUUACUUAGUUUAUGGAGGGUAUAUUUCAACUUGGGAUUUCAGUUAUGAAUAUGAUAUUGAAGGGAAAUUAAGUCUAAUCUAGAUUCCAUUUAGAUUAGAAACAACGAUUGAUAGUGGUUUUCUAUAAUUUGGAGGAGCUGAUUUGCAUAAGACUUAGGUAAUAAUGGUAAUAAAUGGUUCAGAUGUCUGAAGUUACUUGUACCAUUUCAACAUUAGAUGAUAUCUUAGUUUUAAAAAGCAGUGCUUCAUUAAUAACUUAGCCAUCAUUCACAUCAGACUAUUAUUUUAAGGUGUCAGUACAAUUAAAUGCUGACAUUUGGUAUUUAUUAUCGAUAUAUCCAACAUCAGUAGACAGUGGAUUUUAUUAUGAACCAAUAAUCUUAAGGACUAUAAGUAGUUUAGAUGAUAAUGCUAUGAUUUAUGAUUAUAAUUACAGAGCUGGUCAUUUGAAUGUUGAUGAAUUACCUCCAUCAGGAAUGACUAUCACAUACUAUGUAGAUCAAGAUCUCUAUCCUAAUUAUGAUGAACCUGGUGCAUAAUAUGUUAUGACUAUCUUUAUUACUCCAAGAGAGAAUAUCAAAGGAGCAUAAAUUGAAUUACAAAUUGUUUAAGGUUAACACACUGAAGGUAUUGAUGAUACUGAUUUCUAAAUCUUAUCGAAAUCAUGUUGGAGUAAAUUUUAAAGUUAUACUUGUACAACAACAGAAAAAUCAAUUAAAUUAAUUACUUAAGAUGACAUAAUUUCAAAUACAUAAUUGUAAAUACAAUUUGGAGUAGAGAAUCCUGGAUUUGUAUCUUAAAGAGAUAUUCGUGUAGUAACUAAAUCUCCAACAUAAGGAAACAGAAUUAUAGAAAAAGGAUUUAGAUCUAAUGUUUUUAUGGUUACUACAAUACCUACAUAAUUAGAAGGAGUAUAAUAUUUAUGGGGCAUAGAUUCUUAAGAAGAUCUUACAGAUACCUCAAUAGGAGUAUUUAAAUUAGAAAAUGGAGCUGUUUUAAAAGGACCCUAUAAUUCAAUCAAAGUGUCAUUUUCUGUUUAAGCAUCUGCAAAUUUAGUUUUUCCAUUAACAGUUAAGAUCAAAUUUAAUUGUAUAUAUGCGUUAAGUUAUGCCACUAAACAUAAUUUUCAAUCUUACAAUGAUGAAAAUCCUGUAUAUUGUGAAUUUGUGACAGAUUCAAUUAUUUGUCACAAUGUUGGAACACUAUCUGCAUCUAGUGUGUAUUAUAUUUCAACAAAGGGAUUAUAUGAUGCUACUUCAAGUUCUUCAGAAUUUGGUAAGUUGAGUUUUUACUUGGAAUAGAGUGUUACUGUUAAUACUUUAUUAAUAUAUGGAGAAAAUCCUGGAAUUACUAUCACCUAUCUUUAAGAUAGUCAUUAUUUAGAUUUAACUGGAUGGCAUAAUCCAUCAGGAGGACUUUUAGGAUAAACUCAAGUCACUUCUAUACCUACUGACACAUUAACAAAUUUAAAUGAUGUAUUUGGUAGUGAAGGUACAGUUGGAAUUGUGAAUGGUGAUAAAAUGUUGUUAUUCUUUAUUAAGACAACAAAUACUUAAGUAUGGGAUUCAACUGUUGUAACAUGUCCAUCAACAACAUCCAAUUAUAUUAAGAUGACAAUAAUGAUGAAUAGUCUUGUUUUACAUAGUGAUUAAUAGAAUGCACCAAAAAAAAUGUAAUAUAUAGCUAAUGAUGGUGGUGGAGUAUUCAGUGAUGAAUAAUUGAUAUGUAUUCAAAAAGGAUUUUGUGAUAUUGGUAAUCAAAAUACUUAUUAAAUAUAUUCAUCUUCAAAUUCAGCUUAUGGAAUUGCUACAUUUAUUAGUGGAGGAGGAUGCGUUACUAAUUUUAUAAAUGAAAACAACAAUUUCAUUGGUACUUCUGGUUCAACUCCUGGAUAAUAAGGUGUAAUAGGGAUUCCAGUUACUUUUUCUAGUACUUUCAUCCAAUCAUCAUAGUAUGCUGAUGAAUAAUUGUUAGAUUUCAUAAUCAAUUUUUAUAGGGUUGAUUCAUCAGGUUAAACUAAGAUUAGUUAACAUUUAAUUAAUGCUUAUACAAUUAAUCGAAUAAAUGAUUUGUAAGUCAGUUUUGUUAAUUAUUAUAUGGGUACUACAACAGGAAAUGAUGGUUCUUUUAUUCCUACUUUAUUAAGAAUCAAAGUACCAUAAUUGAGUCUGUCAUUUGAUAAAGUGUAAGUAUUUUUUGAUUCUAAAAUCUAAUUAUUUACAUCAUAUUCAGAUUGUUAUAAAUUUAGUGCUUAAAAUGGACCAUCAGAGGCUUGGAUGCUCCAUUAAUCUAUAAUAUGUGAUAAAUCCAAUUAAAUCUUAAUUCCAAUAAUUCCUAAAGGAUUGACUUACACUCUUCAUAUUGCAUUAACAAGUUAAAUAGAUGGAAUCUUAACAAAUAUACCUAUAAAGGUUUAUAGACCAUUUGGUUUACCAGUAUCAGGAGAAACUAGAAAGUAUAAACCAAGUGCAUUUGCAGUAGAGACAACUGAUUUGACGUUUCCAUUUGUGAGAAACCCUUAUGUAUUUGAUAUGCAUAUUGAUGCAACUAAAUUUAAGGAUGGUUCAGCAUAUUUAGAUAUGGAAAUUACAACAAGUUCAAAUAGUAAUGUGGAUUUAGAAUAAAAUUAAAAUUAAUACAUUGGUGCAGGAUUAACAAUGACUAGUAUUGAUGUAAAUCUAUUUGAUGAAGCUACUAUUGAAUCUUAUUUUGGUCAACUGUAAUGUACAUAGUUUGUAUAUAAUACUAAUAUAUAUACUACAUUUUGUCCAUUUGAUAAUUAAAUCAAUUAUCCACUUCAAAUUAGUAAUCAAGUUGUUAUACUCUAUGGUAGAUAUACAAAAAUAGGUUCAUUUGUUUCAUAUGCUUUAUCUAAUUCUAAAGGAAUUCUAUAAGCUGCUCUUCAAGAUUCAGGUGUUAUAGAUAGAUAAUUAUAUACAUGUAAAUUAGAUAGUACUAGUUAAAUAUUUGCUAAUUCUUUAGGAUAGCAAAGACUAUAAUUUCCUAUUAGAUUUAGUUCAUCAAUGAAAUUAGGAGGUAAUAAUUUUGGAUCAAUCUAAAUUGUUAUCACUUUAACAUUAGCAAUUAGUGGAGUAAAUGUUGUCACUUCUACUAAUUUAUGUUCUAUUGAAGGUAUCAAUAAUAUUGCUUGUACAUAUACAUCUACUGCUACAACCAUCAAUGUAUUAUUGAUUAGUUCAGUAGCUUAAGUUAUUCAAGCUAAUACUGUUAUAAAAUUAACUUUCAUGAUUUAAUCUACUUAUGGAUUAUCAUCAUUUGGUACCAAUCAACCAUUUAAAGUUCAAAUUUAUGUACCUACUAUAAGAAGUGGUAAAACAUAACCUUAUGGUGAUACUUAUGAUACACCUGCAGUGUUAUAGGAAUUGUGCAAUUAUAAUUUAUUAAAUUUAUAGAAUACUUAAUUAGGUAAGAUAUUUUAUAUUGGAAAUCUCAAAUUAGAAAUACCAACUUCUAAUGGAGUUGGUAAAUUAAUUUUUGAUUUUAGAUUAUAAAGUGCAAGAGAGUAUUUAUCUUCAUCUAAAUAAUAUGUUUAAAUAUCACUUGGAUUUCUAAGAGAUCAAAAUAUGGAGAGUAACAAAUUGAAAUGUUAAGUAUAUGAGGGUUAAUAAUUAUCUAAAUUAAUUUAUUCUAUUGACACAUCUAUUAUGCCAAAUAUUAUUAUCAAAUUCAAUUAAGACAUUACAAAUCCUCAUACUAUUUUAUUUACAAUGAAAUGUAAAAAUUUUGAAACUCCUACAAAUACAUUUUCAGCUGAAUCUCUUAUAGGUAAAUUAGUAGAUUCUGUUGGAACUACUACUAUUCAAAGUAGUUCACCUAUAGGGUAUGCAUAAUUGAAUACAAUAUCAUAUAUUCCAAAAGGAUAAAUUCUAUUACAAACUAAGACAUUAAAUAGUCCUGGAUUUGAUGCAAUUUAUGAAUUUGCUAUCACAAAUGCUGAUCUUAAAAUACUAUUAACUUAUAUGAUUAAAUUAUAAUUUCAUGAUGGAAUAUCAUUGAGUCCAUAUGUCUCAUGUCAAUUAAAUUCUACAUUUUGUUAUUGUACUCUUAAAGAUGGAAUAUAUAUAAUUAAUGUUUGCAUUGUUAUUUAACCAUCUGAAUUAGCCAUUCUAAAAAUUACUUUACCUCAACCUAAUAGAUUACAUUGGCCAAUACUUCCCUCAAUUUAUAUUUCUAUUGAUAAAGAUGAUGAUUUCACAAAUGGAGUUUACAUGUAAGAAAUACUUACAGAUACCUUAUCAGAUGAAUAUUAAACAUAACCAAUCGAAGUAGUAGAUACAACAUUAAGUAGUUAUUAUAUUAGAACAUCUCAAACACAUAAAUUAACAUUAUUAUUACCUUCUGGAUCAGUAAUGAUUGGUAAUAUAUUGUAUGUUGAAUUUCCAUUCUUCUAUAUGGAUCCAUUAAGUAGAGCUACUGCAAUCACAUGUUCAAUUACUAGAGAUGAUGAUAAUACUAAAACCAAUUUCACUACUACAUGUACUAUCGUUACUAGAUAAUAUAUUCAAAUGAUCUUAUCUGAAGAUAGUGCCAAUAAUUUAAUUAAAUAAUAUACAAUUGAAUUAGGUAAUAUACCAUUACCAGAAGCAUAAGUACCAGAUGAUCCAACUAAUGAUUUUAGACUUAAAAUACAUAUCAUUUAAAGUGGUAAUACUAAAGUCAAAUUUACAUCAGCCUUCUAUUAUUCAAUUCCUCUUUCAUUAAUUUAAGAAGAUAAAUAAGAUGUUAUAUGGUCAGGUGGACUAUUUAAAUAUGAAAGAGAUGAAAAUCUAAAUAUCUUAGACGAAACUACUAAAAUUAUUAAUAUCUUUAUUGGUACUUAUCGUACUUUAAUUUCAUUAUAUCCCAUCUCUUAAUCCAGUUUUUAAGAAACUUUUGGAUACCAAAAAAGCAUACUAAAAACAUUUCCAUCUUCACUUUCUGUUAAUAGUGGUUCCUAAAAUUCCUAAUUUCUUACUGGUGCUGAUCCCAAUAUUACUAUUGGAUAUUAAGUUUUUAAAUUCUCUAAAUUAACAGGUGGAUCUAAUUAUGUAAGUGUAUUACCUAAUAUUUAUGCAAAUAUUGUUAAUUCACCUUGUCAAUUAACUACUGAAUAAACUAUAUAUUAAGUUCCUUAAGGAGGUACUUCUUAACCAAUUACAAUAAAUGUAGGAAAUUGUUAUCCCAUGUCAGAUUUACGUAUAUAGUUGGUUAAUAAUAAUUCAGCUUUGAAUGUUAUUUCUAACAAUCCCUAGAAUAUUAUAUAUUCAGGAAAAUCCUAAUAUAAGUUAUAUUUUGAUAAGUAUGAAUUCAUUUGGUAAAUAAACAAUAAUGAUACAGUCUUAGAGGUUGGAACUUAAGUUGAAUUAGCUUUUAUUUUAACAGGUGUUAGUUCACCUUAUUAUUCACCACCUCCUAAUAUUAUUAUUGAAAUUACUACAUCUCCAUCAGACUUUCCUGUCUUAGAAUUUGAUAUUUAACCUAUUGCUUAUAAAAAUGACAUCAAAUUUGCCUUUAAAUGUAAUAAUAUUGGAACACUCUUUUGGGUUAUUGGAUGUGGAGGUGAUAUCACUUACAUACCUCUUGAAGAAAUUUAUAAUCAAACCAUAUAUUAAGGUUACUCAAGAACACAAAGGAAUCUAAGUGAUUUAGAAUGGAAAAUCUAUGGUUUUUAAUUAAUUAAUGGAGUAGCUAAAGAACAUUUUAGUGGAUUGAAAUCAUUCUCAGAUUACACUAUUCAAGCUUAUUGUGCUGACUUAGUUGGUGUUUCUAGUGAAGCACUUAUUUAUAAUUGGCAAACAAGAUUCAAUGGAGGAAAUGGAAUUAAAUUGAAUAUUACAUUCAGUAGUCCUUUAACUUCAAUAUAAUAAUUAGAAUUAAUUUGUGGAAUCAAUUAUAUCUUUACUAUUGAUUAUAAUAGAAUAACUGAUGCCAAGGGAUAAAUGUGUAACAUUGAAACUCUAAAUAUCCUUUCAUUAUCAUCUAAUGAUAUUGUAAGUACUUUAACAGGUGUCUUAACAUCUUAUUACAUCUAUUUCCAACCAGAUUUAUCUUUAAUGGAUGAAACUAUAAAUGAUAUUGUUCAACAAGCUAUGAGUGAUAAAAAAUCAUUCAUAUCAUUAUUAUCAAAUAAAAUGAGCAUAGAUCCAGAAGAAGAUCCUACUAUUGUUAAUGUUAUUUAUUCAGAACCAGAUCAAUCAACUAAACCAAUAUUAAAUUAUACAAAACCAGAAGUAGGAUCUAUCAAUGCAACCAUGAAUUUUACAUUAUCUAAAGCUAAAGGUUAUGUUGGAAUAGGAAUAGAAUAAACCGAUACUGCAUAGAUUCCAUCAAUAGCUUAGAUUAGAAAAUCAAUAAACUUUCUUGGAAGAUCUUUGCAUUAAAGUUUCCUUUUAUUUUUUAAUUAUUCCAGUGCCAUCUAAAAUUAAACUUAGUAAGUAUGGUUCACAAAUUUAAGUCCUAAUCUAAAAUAUAAGGUAUUUAAUUUUUAUAUCUAUUUUAAGAUUUAUUGGUUUUAUUCUAAUGAUGAUACAGGUUAAUUAGCCAAAGUUUCUAAUGUAUCUUCAAUUCAAAUACAGACUAGUCCAUCUUAAACUUAUAGUGGUGGAAGAACACAUUUUCUUCUACUCAUAAUGAUUAUGAUAUUAAUACAUUGA